AGCAAUGGAAAUUGCCACCUGGCACCCAAGUCAUGGACCACUGUCUCUCUCUGGUUCUUUCAUCUUUCUCUGUCAUUUCUCAUUCUCUUUCUUAGCUGCGUUUUGUAUAACAGACACUAGAGGAGAUCAGCAACAGCAACAGCAACAGCAACACAAUCACAGUAACGAGCAAAUUGAAUCGUGAAUUCAAAGAAAUCCUUUCUCAUUAAUUAAAAAUAAUCUUAUUAUCUCCACCUUAACAAAACCCCUCACCAAGAAAAUAAUUAUAAAAGUAAAAUAAAAACAAUCUUAACAAAUACCUCUCCUUCCCUCAUCUCUCUCUCUCCAAUUCUCUACUUUCUCUCUCUACAAGCUUCUCUUAGAGAGAGAAGCAGCUAAGAGAAAGAAGAAGAAGAAGAAGAAGAAGAAGAAGAAGAAAAUGAAGCUCUCGGCGUUACACCAGAGCUACAUGAAUCGGCGAAGCAACAGUUUCAGAGGAUCAGCACCGUUAGAUUCAUCAACUGAAAGUUCAAUUAAAUCACCAGCAGCGAUCUUUUGGCUUAUAUUACACGGUGUUUGUUGUCUCAUUAGCCUCGUUCUAGGUUUCCGUUUCUCUCGUCUUGUCUUUCUCUUCCUUUUCUCUACGUCCUCCGUUACUCUUUACACUUCUCCGCUCCGUCAACUCACUACCACAUCUGACCUUUCUCUUGGCGUCCCGUCAGCUCCUGUUAUCAACACCGAACUUCCUCCGUCAAUUAACAAAACGGCGAGUUCAACUUCUUCUAGAGUUAUCGUUGGUCGUCAUGGGAUCCGAAUCCGGCCGUGGCCGCAUCCGAACCCGACAGAGGUGAUGAGAGCGCAUCAAAUAAUUGAGAGAUUGCAGAGAGAGCAAAGGAUUCAGUUUGGAGUUAAAAGCCCAAAGAGUAUUAUUGCUGUAACGCCGACUUAUGUACGAACUUUCCAGAUGCUUCAUUUGACUGGAGUUAUGCACUCGCUUAAGCUUGUUCCUUACCACGUUGUUUGGAUCGUUGUUGAGGCUGGUGGUGUUACCAAUGAAACCGCUUCGAUUAUCGCGAAAUCUGGUGUUGAGAUUGUUCAUAUCGGGUUUAAUCAGAGAAUGCCGACUACUUGGGAUGGACGCUUUAAAUUAGAGGCUAAAAUGAGACUUCGUGCUUUGAGAGUUGUGAGAGAGCAGAAGCUGGAUGGGAUAGUGAUGUUUGCGGAUGAUAGUAAUAUGCAUAGUAUGGAGCUCUUUGAUGAGAUCCAAAAUGUGAAAUGGUUUGGUGCUCUUUCUAUUGGUAUUCUUGCUCAUUCAGGGGGUGCUGUUGAUGACUCAUUGUCAUUUGAUAAGGAGGUUGAGAAGAGUACGUCGUCCAUGCCUGUUCAAGGUCCAGCUUGUAAUGCAUCUGAUAAAUUGGCUGGUUGGCACACAUUUAACUCACUUCCUUAUGAGGGAAAGCGGGCGAUUUCAAUUGAUGAUAGGGCAGUUGUGCUGCCUCAGAAGCUGGAGUGGGCUGGGUUUGUCAUGAAUUCGAGGUUGCUUUGGAAGGAUGCUGAUGAUGAUAAGCCUGAUUGGGUUAGAGAUUUAGAUUCUCUUGAUGAGGACAUUGAGAGUCCUUUAUCUCUUUUGAAGGACUCUUCUUCUGUGGAGCCACUAGGAAGCUGUGGUCGACAAGUUUUGCUUUGGUGGCUCCGUGUUGAAGCUCGUAGUGAUAGCAAAUUUCCUCCAGGAUGGAUUAUCAACCCACCCUUGGAAAUCACUGUGCCAUCAAAACGAACACCAUGGCCGGAUACUCCUCCUGAACUCCCUACUGCUGAAAAGGUGGUGAUUAACAUCUCAGAGCAACCUGUUAAGCAUACAAAGGGCCGGUCAUCCAGAUCAAAACGCAGUUCUCGAAGUAAGAGAAAGCAUGAAUCAAAAGUGGUGGAUCCGCAGGGUUCUGCAAGACAUUCUGAGCAAAACUGAAACUUUCAAUCAAGAACAGCAUAUAUACUGCUCUAUGAAAUUUGAGACUGCAUGCCUUCAGCAUCAAGGAAUCCCAUUGAUAAAGCUAAAAAAGCAUCACACGAUCUUACAGAUUGGCAGCUACAUCUCUGAAGGCACCCCUUACAAUUAGGACAGUUGAUACGUACGUCUGAGUUUGAAUUCCACCUAUCACAUCAUUUUUUUCUUUCAUUUUUUUUUCUCUUCCAUCAUUUUACAUGUUGAGGUUGAUUGGUAUUGUGGUUUCAUGGGAGGGGUAUGUCAUAGGCCUUCUACGGUCACCGCGGCCAUGAAAUUGAGGGAUCUUGUCUCUGAAAUCCCCCAAAUUUAAUACAUAAAAUCUUUCUAAAUAGGAAUAUAGAGAACUUGUGUUCAGUUGUUGGAUUCAAUAGAAAUGAAAGCCAUUGUAAUAAAUUGUUCAUUCAUCCCAAGAAACAAAAUUGGCUAUUA